UUUACAGAUCAUAACCGAACUGAUGAUACAGAGAAGGAAGACUACCAUACUCAGGUCUGGUAUGGAUUUCUGGUCCGGGUCGGAUUGGAUUUAAUACAGAUUGGAUUUGGUAAUUGGAUUUAAUACAGUUUCCCAAAAAUCACACUAUGAAAGGAAAAAAAACAUACAAUCAGGGAAAAAACAGAGACAUUGGAACAAUGAUAGUCAGUCCAGAUCCAACUCCUGCAACACCAAAAGACUGAAAAAAAAUGAAUAUACUACAUCAAAAACUUCAUCUUGAAGUCAGAGAACUCAAUAAACUGAAAGCUGCAGAUGUUCUUCAGAUAACUGAACAUUCAAUACAGUCUGAUUCAAUAAUCUUGUGCUGAAGAGGAGCUGGUUCAGACUUUCAUACAUAAACUACUGACACAUAACUAUAGAGCAAGAUACAUCAAAACUAAAGUGAACAAUGAGCAAGACCAAACAAUUCAAAGAGGCAGUGACUCAUCUGAAGAUAAGAGUGAUAUUUUUGAUGUUGUUCUUAAAAACAACGAAUCAAGUCAAUCUGAACAAAUUCAUCCAAUGGAUCUUCAGAUGGCCGUGUUUCAUUGUGCUGAUGGUUUCCUGAAGCAGCUGAUGGUGACUAAACUGUCCCAGUGUCAGUACGCUCUGCCUCUGCUUGUUGCUGAUCAAGACAAACAACAGAUUGAGUUUCUUCUCUGGACAUUCAGACAAAUCAACAAGAGCUGGAAGAUCAGAAACACCAACAAUGAAAUCAUCAGUCAAACCCAGCCGAUCUACAAGGCAGAAACUCCAAUGGUGUCUUUCUUCAGGUUUGGCUCUGUGUCUUCAUCCAAGUCUGAGCUGAUGAACAGUCUGAUCAAUGAGAAACACAACACGUUCUUCCACAGGAACUGCCCAGGCAGCAGCAAAACCAGAGAACUGAUGGAUGGAGUGGUGGAGAUCGCCUGGUUCUGCCCAUCUGGAUCAUAUGAUGAUAAAUUCACUGACUGUGUUGCGUUCUGUAAUCUACACGGUGAUGCAGGAGACCAUGAGAAACAGCUGAAGAUCCUCACUGAAAUGGCCUCAGUCAAUGUUGUUCUUCUUCCACGACUUCAGAAGAAUGAAAGAAGUGCAACAAUAAUCCAAAGUCUGUACAGGAACAGAAAGCCACUUAUUUGUCUUUUUACUGAGGAUGAAUCUACUCUAACUGAGAUGAAGAAAGGAAAAUUCAAAAUUGGUUUGAAAGACAGAAAUCAGUCAGAUGUAUCUGAAGAGCUCAGAAGAGCUAUAAAUGAUUGUCUCUCAGAAUCAUCUUCCACUUUCAGACUUGAAGAUGUGUCCAAACACUCAGACAUCAGAGUAGAUGAGGAAGAUGAUGAUGACUGCAGAAGAGGAAGAGAAGCAGCACAGCAGAUGAUGAGUUUACUGGAGAAGAAAGAUCUGACAGAAAUCAAAGAAUCAUUUCUGCCUCAUCAGGGGAAACUGUGGCAUCAGUGGUGUCAGAAGAACAAAGAACUACAUCGACCUCAAACGGGUGAGACAGAAAUGGACAUCAGUAGAAAACAAACAGACAUGAAGAAGAUCCGUCAACAACAGCAUGAAUCUCACAUCAGUGAGUUUAUGAAGCUCUUCAUUAAAGAAAUGAGCUCAGAAGCUGCAAAUAAGAAAAUGUUUUUCCUAAAAUGGCUCAGAAUCCUCCUGGAUGAAUAUACAUCUGCUGACCUUUCUGAUCUACAUUACAAGUAUGAUAAAAAGUGGUCAACAGUCAUGAAAUUGAAAGAGAAUCAUGAUAAAUCUGAACAAAUUAAAGCUGAACAAACUGAACUUGAGAGAAUAUCUGAGGAACUUCAAGCUGCAGCCUUUGGUUUGGAGCACAUCAUGAGGGAGAUCGGUCAGAUCUAUGAAUCAUGUGAAUCUCUGAAGAAGGACAAGGAAGAUCUGCAGGUUCACUUCUCUUCUCUCCCGAGUCUUGCAGCAGAGAUGAUGAUCUCUGGAUUUCCAUUGGAGCUGAUGGAUGGAGAUGCUGCUCAUGUUCCUGUGAUCUGGAUCUCUGCUGUUAUAGAUGAACUCAUUCAGAAACUGGGAGACCAGAGAGUCUUUGUGCUGUCAGUUUUAGGGCUUCAGAGCUCUGGGAAAUCCACCAUGCUGAAUGCCAUGUUUGGACUCCAGUUUGCCGUCAGUGCUGGCAGGUGCACCAGAGGAGCUUUCAUGCAGCUGGUCAGAGUGUCAGAUGAGAUGAAAACACAGAUUAACUUUGACUAUAUUCUGGUUGUUGAUACUGAGGGUCUUCGUGCUCUAGAACUGGCUGGAAGAUCAACAAGACAUCAUGACAAUGAAUUGGCCACAUUUGUUGUUGGUCUUGCGAAUCUGACAUUGAUCAACAUCUUUGGUGAAAACCCAUCUGAGAUGCAGGACAUUCUUCAGAUUGUUGUUCAGGCAUUCCUGAGGAUGAAGAAGGUCAGACUGAAUCCCAGCUGUGUGUUUGUGCAUCAGAAUGUUUCAGACAUCACAGCAGGAAAGAAAAACAUGGAGGGAAGGAGACGACUGCAGGAGAAACUGGAUGAGAUGACAAAACUCGCUGCUGAAGAUGAAGUUUAUGAUGCAGAAUGUUUCAGUGAUGUCAUUAGAUUUGAUGUUCAUAAAGAUGUGAAGUAUUUUGCUCAGCUCUGGGAGGGAAACCCACCCAUGGCACCACCAAACCCAGAUUACUCUGAGAAUAUUCAAGGACUAAAGGAAACUAUUAUAUCUCAUGCCUCAAAAUCAGAUGGAAUGAAGAUGAAAGACUCAAAAGAUUGUAUUAAAGAUCUUUGGGAGGCUUUACUGAAUGAACAAUUUGUCUUCAGUUUGAGAAAUUCCCAAAAGAUAUCAGCCUACAAGAAACUGGAGACAGAAUACAGCAAGCGGCCCUUGAGGCUUUGCAGUGCCAUGAUGGAAACUGAGAACAAACUACACAAUAAAAUAGAAAAUGAUGCAAUUAAUAAGGUUGAGGAAACUGAUCUUCAAACAGACCUGGAGAAGACAACUGAAGAAGAGGAAAAAUCAUGGUCUACAUUUGAAACCAAAGGCCUUCAAGAAAACAUUGUGAGAGAAACAGAGAGGAAAUUAAAUGAGAUUCCUCAGCAGCAAAAGCAGAAGAAAAACACUGAUACUCAGAGGACACAUCAUAAAAACACUCUCUUUGAAAAGGGCAGAGACCUUGAUCUACAACUCACAGACAAAACUUAUGACGAAGAAACGCUUAAGAAAGAUGACAGCAGUACAGGAAGGGAAGCAGCACAACAGAUGAUGAGUUUACUGGAGAAGAAAGAUCUGACAGAAAUCAAAGAAUCAUUUUUGCCUCAUCAGGGGAAACUGUGGCAUCAGUGGAGUCAGAAGAACAAAGAACUACAUCGACCUCGAGCAGAAGAGACAGAAAUAGAUAUCAUUAGGAAACAAACCGAAAUGAAGAAAAUACGUCAACAACAGCAUGAAUCUCACAUCAGUGAGUUUAUGAAGCUCUUCAUUAAAGAAAUGAGCUCAGAAGCUGCAAAUAAGAAAAUGUUUUUCCUAAAAUGGCUCAGAAUCCUCCUGGAUGAAUAUACAUCAGCUGAUCUUUCUGAUCCUCAUCACAAAUAUGAUGAAAAGUGGUCAAAAGUCUUAAAAGUGAAAGAGAACAAUGAUAAAUCUGAACAAAUCAAAGCUGAACAAACUACACUUGAGAGAAUAUCUGAGGAACUUCAAGCAACAACCUUUGGUUUGGAGCACAUCAUGCGGGAGAUCGGUCAGAUCUAUGAAUCAAGUGAAUCUGUGCAGAAGAACAAGAAAGAUCUGCAGGUUCACUUCUCGUCUCUCCCGAGUCUUGCAGCAGAGAUGAUGAUCUCUGGAUUUCCACUGGAGCUGAUGGAUGGAGAUGCUGCUCAUGUUCCUGUCAUCUGGAUCUCUGCUGUUCUAGAUGAACUCAUCCAGAAACUGGGAGACCAGAGAGUCUUUGUGCUGUCAGUUUUAGGGCUUCAGAGCUCUGGGAAAUCCACCAUGCUGAAUGCCAUGUUUGGACUCCAGUUUGCCGUCAGUGCUGGCAGGUGCACCAGAGGAGCUUUCAUGCAGCUGGUCAGAGUGUCAAAUGAGAUGAAAACACAGAUGAACUUUGACUAUAUUCUGGUUGUUGAUACUGAUGGUCUUUGUGCUCUAGAACUGGCUGGAAGAUCAACAAGACAUCAUGACAAUGAAUUGGCCACAUUUGUUGUUGGUCUUGCAAAUCUGACAUUGAUCAGCAUCUUUGGUGAAAACCUCUCUGAGAUGCAGGACAUUCUUCAGAUUGUUGUUCAGGCCUUCAUGAGGAUGAAGAAGAUCAGACUGAAUCCCAGCUGUGUGUUUGUGCAUCAGAACGUUUCAGAUGUCACAGCUGGAGAUAAAAAUAAAGAGGGAAGGAGACACCUGCAGGAGACACUGGAUGAGAUGACAAAAUUCGCUGCCGAAGAGGAAGUUUAUGAUGCAGGAUGUUUCAGUGAUGUCAUUAGAUUUGAUGUUCAGAAUGAUGUGAAGUAUUUUGCUCAUCUCUGGGAGGGCAGCCCACCCAUGGCACCACCAAACCCAAGCAGCUGUGAGAAUAUUCAAGAACUAAAGAAAUCUAUUAUGUUUCAUGCAAAGUCAGAUGGAAUGAUGCUGAAAGACUUCAAAGAUCGUAUUAAAGAUCUCUGGGAGGCUUUACUGAAUGAACGACUCGUCUUCAGCUUUAGAAAUUCUCUGGAGAUUUCAGCCUACAGGAAACUGGAGACUGAAUACAGCAAGUGGUCCUGGAGGCUUCGUAGUGCCAUGAUGGAAACUGAGAACAAACUACACAACAAAAUAGAAAAUGAAGCAAUUCAUGAGGUUGAGGAAACUGAUCUUCAAAGAGAACUGAAGACAACGAUUGAAAAAGUGAAGAAAUCAAUGUCUGAAUUUUUUGAGAAAGAAACAUAUACAGAUAUACUGAUUCAGUGGAAAACAUCAUUUGAAAUCAAAAUCAAAGAGCUUCAGGAAAACAUUGUGAGAGAAACAAGUAGGAAAUUAAAUGAGAUUCUUCAGCAGCGAGACCUGAAGAAAAACAAUGAUACUCAGAGAAAGCACCAUGAAAAGCCCCUCUCUGAAAAGAGCAAAGAACAUGCCUUAAAAAUCAAAGACAAAACAAAUGCAAUAACACUGAAGAAAAAGACUAAUGCUCAGAGGACACAUCAUGAAAACACUCUCUAUGAAAAGAGCAAAGAACUUGCCUUAAAACUCAAAGACAAAACAAAUGAUGAAGAAACACAGAAAAGAGAGUUUGAUUUGUUUUGGGAUAUUAUUGUGGAUGAGAUCAUCUCAGACAUUCCUUCAAUCAAAGACAUUGACAUAAUGAGAGAUGUAAGAGAGAUCCUCAGUGAUGUAUAUGAGGGGCGUCUCCCUAUAGACCACAUAAAAAAUGACAUUUUCACUGUGUCGAGUUAUUCUGAAUAUGUUAUUUUCAAAAAGUCCACAAAAAGAGGUUUUAAAAAGGCUGUAACCCGUGUUUGGAAAAUAAUUAAAAUAAGAUGUGGAUAUGUUCGAACUCUGUCUCCAGGGAAUAAAGCUGAAAUCAAGUCAUUAGUCACAGAUGUUCAAGAGCAGACAGACAGAAUGAUUGAGUCAUUUGGCAUUUCAAUGAUGGGCUAUAAUGUCAGCUAUAUUCAGCAACUCAUAGAUUACAUCAAGAGCAGAGUAACAGAACAUGAGGAAGGAGCAGUAAAAUAUAAGUUCAAGAAUGAAUUCAUCAGUAAUUUGGUCCUUUCCAUUUGUAUGAGAGCAAACAAGAAGAUCACUGACCAACACAGAGAAGCUAAUGAUCCUGAAAUAUAUGUAGAGAAGAAGAGAGAAGAAUAUUGCAGUAUUUUCAAGAAAUACUGCCAUGGAGCAACAUCAGCUGCCAUUUUUGGUGGGAUCAUCUGUCAGAAACUGAAAGAGCCCAUUGAGCAGAGUGUCUACAAGAAGACUUCCAGAGAUCUGACAGAUGAAAUGAGAUCAAACUGUGAAUCGCUGAAUGGAAGCGGAUCAAAUCUGGAGAAACACAUCCUGAAGACACUGGCAGAAGAGGAGGAUUUUGACAAAUGCAUGAACUACAUUCAUAAUCCCAGAGAUCACUUCAAGAGUUUCAUCAGAGAUGAAGUCAGUCGGUACAUCACUGAUAAGUUCAGUGUCAAUGUUUUACCCAAGAUGAAGGAGAACAUUAAACUCCUGCAGCAGAAGAUCAUGAAAGCAGCACAUGAAUCUACUGAACAUGUUCAAGUGAACAGAGGAGAUGUUGGUUUGUGGCUGAAGAGUUUCACACAGCAGCUCUCAGAUGUGCUGAUCUUCUCUGAAAAAGAUCUCAGUGGAGUGAAACAUGAUGAUGUUGACGAUUUCAAACUCCUAAAGGAUGUGAUAAGACAGGAACUCUCUGCUAUAAUGUCUGAUAUCAGCAGUAGAUUCAACACAAAGACAUUUGAUGAAAAUCUUGACCUCAGGUUCAGACCAGAUGAGCUUCUGAUUGAUCACUUCUGUCAGUGUCAGUUGGGUUCAGUGUCUGUUCUGUAGAGCCACAUGUACCAACACCAUAGAAAAUUAUCAUGAAGAUCACAGUGUACCUUUCCACAGAGUGGGUGGAAUUAACAGCACAUAUUAAGGUUUAAAACAGAAUCUCUGUGCUGAUACUUGUACAAAUUUAGUGGGAAGUGAUCAGUAUUUUUAUAAACCAGAUGGAUGGUUUAAAUAUAAAGAAUACAGCACAGCAGGAGGAGUUUAUGCAGACUUGAGCACCACCCCUGACCUCUCUGAACUGCCCUACUGGAAGUGGUUUGUGUGCAGAUUCCAGAAAGAUCUGGAAAAAUAAUAUAGUAAACAUUUGAGUGGAAGGGUAAGAUUUCAGAUGAAUGGGGAAAAAAACAGAAAAAAGGAUGCUAUUAAGAGUUUGGAUCAGUAUAUCUAAUGGAGAAAAUUUGAUAAAAGAAAGAAUUAAACUCUUACAUCUCCUAUGUUAACAGUAAGAGUUUCUAUUAAACAUCAGAUUCUGAAGUCAUCAAGAUUUCAGCAAAUAUGAGAGGUUGAAGAUUCAACACUCAUACAAGAUAUGCAACAUUUAACAAAACUGAAUUAUGUUCUGAAUUUUUUAGAGGUGUAGAUAUUCAGAUUAUAUGUAGAUAUUCAGAAAAUAAUUGCUUUAAGAUUUCAUAUGAUGAUAUCAAAAUUGAAGAUUACAAAAAGAAUGAAACAAUGUUUUAUCUAAUGCUCCAUUUGCUUGUAUAAAAUGAAACAAAGAAAAAAACGUGUUCCCUCAUGUCUUAUUGAAGUUCUUGACAAAUACUGCAUGCAGGUCAUCAGAUGAAAGACAAAAUGUUCUGAUCACUGUCUAACACAGGGGUUAGGAUUAACACAGUUCUGUAAGAUUAGUCAAUCAAAAGUUUGAUAUGA